CUUUACCACCUCUUUUUUACAGAAAAUAGACGAAAGCAGGAAACAGUCAAAGAGAAAGUAACAGAAAUGGGAAAAUAGAAAAAUCGUGUUCUCCUGUCUCCUUCUCACAGAAACGGCGGGCGAACGCAAAACCCUUCUUCCUAUUUCCCUCACCGGGAACUUCAAAGUAUCCUUGUAUUGCAAAACCCUAAAUCCAUCCUCUUAAACAGGUCCGGAAAACUUUUUUGCUUCGUUAACGAACAAAACCAAAUCGAGUUUUUCAGCACUUUCAAGGGUGGUUGUUCAAUCGUUGCUGAAAAGGAGGAUGAGAUGAUGAGAGUGCCAGGUCAAAUUUGUGAUUUCUGGAGACCAACAACCAUCUCCAAUGGAGGUAUCUAUGUAUGUCGAAAUCAACCCCGUAAAGACUCAAUGUGGACCCUAAAAGAUGAGUGACCACAUUGGUUCUUCAGAAAAGAUGAGUGGUUCUAAGGUUUUGAUAUUUGGAUCAUUCACUGAAGAUGAGGUUAGGUCAUUCCAGAAGCAGUCAUCAGAGAAUGCAGUACAACCUUCAGAAAAGAAAGAAUUCCAAUUUGGUUCCUUGGAUUUUGAGACCAUAAGAUCCUUGGGUGGUUUGAAUGGUGAACCCGUAAGGACUAAUUUUACAAAAGGGUCAAAAGAGACCCAGCCAUCAAAAGUGGUUGGGAAGGAUAAUGCAAUUAAGAUUGUUAAGACGUCAAAUGAUAAUUUGCAAACAGCACCAGAAAGUGUGAAAGAAAAUGGAAGUAUUCAGAAUACAUCUGAUUGCUCUUCCCAUAGUAAUGGGGUAAAAGAAUUUGAAAGAGUUAGUGUAGAGUUCAAUUCAUUAUGUAUUUCUCAUGAUGCUGAUUCUACAAAGCAACCAACAAUCCCUAGACAGCAUGGGCUUGAAAGUGGAAACUUGAACAGAAGUUUUCCCAUCACAUCUAACUGCAAACCAGGUGAAAUAAUUGCUGAUUCAACAACAGUUCCAGCUUCUAGAAAGGAUAUCCAAAAGACACUGAACCACCCACCUGCAGUUGUUAAAGAUCUACUGCCACGAGGAUUAAUCAACUCUGGAAAUUUAUGCUUUCUCAAUGCUACGCUGCAGGCUCUUCUAUCCUGUACUCCAUUUGUUCAGCUUUUUCAGGAAUUAAGAACUCGCGAUAUCCCCAAGAUUGGCUGCCCUACUUUAUGUGCUUUUGUUGAGUUCAUUUCGGACUUUGACAUGCCAACUGAUUCAAACUUGAAGAAGAAAGAGAUGACAGUUAUUGAGACUGGGAGGCCUUUCAGCCCUACCAUGUUUGAACCUGUUCUUAAAAAUUUUACUCCAGAUGUGCCAUAUUGUAUAUCAGGCAGGCCAAGACAAGAAGAUGCUCAGGAGUUUUUAAGUUUUGUCAUGGAUCAGAUGCAUGAUGAAUUACUCAAGCUUGAAGGAAUUUCAAGCUCAGGUGGAGCUGUAUCAACAACAGAAGAUGAUGAUUGGGAGACUGUUGGACCAAAGAACAAGUCUGCAGUAACGAGAACCCAGAGCUUCAUUCCAUCAGAACUAAGUGCAAUUUUUGGAGGACAAUUAAGAAGUGUAGUUAAGGCAAGAGGUAACAAGGCCUCUGCCACAGUUCAACCAUUCCUUUUGCUCCACCUUGAUAUUUUUCCUGAAGCUGUUCGUACUAUUGAGGAUGCGCUUCGUCUGUUUUCUGCCCCAGAGACACUUGAGGGGUACCGAAUAUCAGCAUCAGGAAAGGCUGGGGUGGUCAGUGCUAGCAAGUCCGUAAAGAUACAAACACUUUCGAAGGUUAUGAUACUGCACCUAAUGCGAUUCACCUAUGGAAGCCAAGGAAGCACCAAGCUGCAUAAGCCUGUGCGCUUUCCUCUUGAGCUGGUUUUGGGCCGUGAAUUGCUUGACACUCCAUCUUCAGAGGGUAGGAGAUAUGAGCUUGUUGCAACGAUUACUCACCAUGGAAGGGAACCUUCAAAGGGGCAUUACACUGCUGAUGCCCGCUACACUGAUGGUCAGUGGCUGAGAUAUGAUGAUGCAUCGGUCACUGCCGUGAGCAUAAGCAAGGUGUUGCAUGACCAGGCUUAUGUUCUCUUCUACAAACAGGUUUAGAGGAAUUGAUGUAGGAUGGUGUUGUUCUUACUUCUUACUCCAGUAUUGUAAAGUAAAGGCGUUUAUAUUUAAGAAUUCAUUGAGAGGAUGGACUGUAAGCCAUUUGUUAGCCAGUCUGGAAUGUCCAUUUUGGUAGUGUGUCUCGCCGAGAUCUAGUUAUAUUAUUUGGAUCAACUGUUCUCUGAACUCAUCAUCAAAGUACAUUUAGCCAUUCUUGUUUUAUUUACAAGGUAGAUUUCUUCGA